AUGGUGGACCAGAGAGAGCUCAUGGUUGCUCGCAGAAGAUUUUUCAGGUCACUGAGGAACGACACGGGCUUUGACGACUCUGAAGACGAUGAUGAUGAUGAUGUGAUAGCUCAUUCAAAAUCUAGCAAACUGAGUGAAUCUCAAUCUCAGCGGCUCCGAGGUCCCCCAAACCCCCCUAUGUAUACGAUUCCUACCGUCCCGACGAGAGUCCCCGAUGAAGUGGCACUAAGACGACAGAAUCGACGCCGUUGCUCUUCCCCAUCUUCAGCGGAUGCCCUUGGAGAAAUUGUAUAUAUGGAUGCCUUAAUUAGGGGUGGGCCUGCCAUAGUAGCUCAUAACCAUACACAAGUACCGUUGACACGAGUCCCGUCAGGUCAGCCUGGGCUUUCAGGGGCACCAGUCCCACCGCCUAUUUUAUACGACCAACCCAGUGUUUCAAGAAUACCAACUCCGCCACCAGUUCCACGUGGAAGACUCGGCUUUUCGAUGACAGGGUCACCGUUACCAGUCGCCAGUAUGCUGCCUCCUCCUCCCCCACCCCCACCGCCGCCACCUCUGUAUAGUCGAGUUUUUACCCAAAGAGCACCAUUGGAGUCAAAUUUUUCGGGUAGAGAACCUAGGUAUUCAUCGGUGCCUCCACCACCCUCGAUACCUCACGGUAGACUUGGGUUCCCAGACAUAUAUCCACCAUUAUCAGUAUAUGAGAAAGGGUUUCGAAAGGGUUUUCGUGGGCCGCCACCACCAAUUCCUCCACCGCCGCCGUCUAAUGGCUAA